GUGUGUGUGUGUGUGUUCGCGGUCAUGGGCCAGAGUACUUCUACUCCUUUGUCCCUGACCCUAGGCCGCUGGUCAGAGGUCAAGGGACGAGCUCAAAAUCUUUCCCUUGUCAUCAAAAAGAGCAAAUGGCAGACUUUCUGCUCGUCCGAGUGGCCUAACUUUAAGGUCGGAUGGCCCCCGGAGGGGUCUUUCCAUUUGCCUCUCAUAAGGGAAGUGAGGAAUCUUGUUUUUCAGCCUGGCCGACAUGGACACCCGGACCAGGAGCCUUACAUUUUGGUGUGGCAAGACUUAUGUGAAAAUCCCCCGGUGUGGGUUAAGCCCUUUUUACCCCCUGAUUCCCUCUCUAGGUCGUCGGUCUCCGCUUCCGAACCUGCUAUUCUUCCUGUAAAGCCAGCUCUGCCUUCUCCUCCACCCUCUGUUCCCCCGGUUCUUCCGGACUCACAAUCUGAUCUUUUCCUUCUUGAUCCCCCGCCACCUCCUUAUGCCUCGGCCAGAGCUCCGCGGCGCGACCAAGGACCUCCUCCGGCACCUGGCCCAGUUCCUCCACCCAUGUCCCCGAUGGCGGCCUCCCCAGAUUCUACUCUUGAGGGCCCCCCCCCGCCGCCAGGCAGCGGACCUGCACUGCGGACUCGGAGCCGAUUCCAGCCAGACGAAGGGCCUGUAGCCACUACUCUGCCGUUGCGCCCAUAUGGGCCAAUGGUAGACAAUGGGGAAAGGGGGGAAAUGCCGGCCCUCCAAUAUUGGCCCUUUUCCUCCUCAGACCUGUAUAAUUGGAAAAAUAAUAAUCCUCCUUUCUCUGAGGACCCCACCCGACUAACAGGUCUCGUGGAGUCUCUCAUGUUCUCUCAUCAGCCCACCUGGGAAGACUGCCAACAGCUACUCGGGACUCUCUUCACUACUGAAGAGAGAGACCGCAUACUUCUAGAAGCACGAAAGAACGUCCGGGGACUAGACGGGCGUCCGACGCAGUUGCCGAACAUCAUUGAUGACAUCUUCCCGCUAACGCGCCCUAAUUGGGAUCCAAAUUCUUCAGAAGGUAGGGAGCAUCUGUCCUCCUAUCGCCAGGCUCUUGUGGCGGGUCUCCGGGCAGCUUCCAGGCGGCCCACCAAUUUGGCUAAGGUAAGAGAGGUCGUUCAGGGCCCCACUGAGUCCCCCGCGGUCUUUUUAGAAAGGCUAAUGGAAGCCUAUCGGAGGUUCACACCCUUUGACCCGCAAUCGGAGGACCAAAGGGCUUCAGUGGCCAUGGCCUUCAUUGGCCAGUCCGCUACCGAUAUACGGCGUAAGUUACAACGCCUAGAAGGAUUACAAGACCUCACCCUUAGAGAUUUAGUCAAAGAAGCAGAUAAAGUUUUUCACAAAAGGGAAACAGAGGAAGAAAAGGAAGAGCGGAAGGAAAAAGAGAGAGAGGAGAGAGAAGAUGCUAGAGACAAAAAAAGAAAUAAGGAAUUAACUAAAAUCCUGGCCACAGUGGUAGAUAGUGGAAAGAAACAGAAAGAAAAGGGAGGCAGUACCGGGCCACGGCCAAGCUUAGACCCGAACCAGUGUGCCUACUGCAAGGAACAUGGGCACUGGAAGAAAGACUGUCCUAAGAGACCCAAGAAGGGCCUGCAGGCUAAGCAGCCUGCCCUGUUAGCCCUGGAUGAAGAUUAGGGGCGACGGGGCUCGGACCCCCUCCCCGAGCUCAGGGUAAAGUUUAACGUGGAGGGGACUCCCAUUGACUUUGAAGUAGACACUGGAGCCGUUUACUCGGUUUUGCAAGCGCCCUUGGGACCACUGUCAACCAAGCGGUCUUUAGUAAGAGGUGCCAAUGGGAGCCGAUACCGGGCUUGGACUACCAGGAGGACCAUGGACCUGGGAAGGGGAAAAGUCCAUCACUCCUUCCUUGUGAUACCUGAUUGCCCGGCCCCAUUAAUGGGGAGAGACCUGCUCACUAAACUGAAGGCCCGCAUCACCUUCGACCCUGAGGGACCCAGAGUAGAGUUUCUGAGUCCCUUGGUAGAACGGCCGGUAGUCACAGCCCUAACUAUGUCUGUAGAAGAUGAGUAUCGCCUGUACAACUCUCCAGUAGAAAAGCAGGACAUGACAACCUGGCUUGAGGAGUAUCCAGAUGCUUGGGCCGAGAAGGCCGGGCUAGGGCUGGCGGAAAACCAACCCCCAGUGGUGGUCACCCUAAAGACCUCUGCAGCACCAAUUCGGGUCAGACAGUACCCCAUGAGUAGGGAGGCUCGGGAAGGAAUUAGACCACACAUUCAGAAGCUAAUCCAAGAGGGGGUUUUGAGGCCCUGCCAGUCAGCCUGGAACACACCACUCCUCCCUGUCAAAAAGCCAGGAACGGGAGAUUACCGACCAGUGCAGGAUCUGAGGGAGAUUAAUAGUAGGGUACAGGACAUACAUCCCACUGUACCUAACCCCUACAACCUUCUAAGCACCCUUCAACCUGACAGAACCUGGUAUACUGUAUUAGAUUUGAAGGAUGCUUUCUUCUGUCUACGGCUUUGUGAAAGCAGCCAACCAUUGUUCGCCUUUGAAUGGAUUGAUCCAGAGGCCGGGAUAGCGGGGCAACUGACCUGGACAAGGCUACCCCAGGGCUUCAAGAACUCACCCACCAUUUUUGAUGAGGCCCUCCACCAGGACCUGGGUUCCUUCAGAACCCGACACCCGGAGGUGACUCUGCUCCAGUACGUAGACGACCUACUGUUGGCUGCACCGUCUCAGGAGGAAUGUGAGUAUGGGACCCGUUCCCUAUUGCAAGAACUUGCUCAGCUGGGGUACCGGGCGUCAGCUAAGAAGGCCCAGAUAUGCAGGCGGGAAGUAACUUUCCUAGGAUAUACUCUCCGGGAAGGAAAGCGGUGGUUGACGGAGGCCCGGAAAAAGACUGUUGUGCAGAUUCCCGUACCCGCCUCCAGGAAACAACUCCGAGAGUUCCUGGGGACGGCUGGGUUCUGUAGACUAUGGAUCCCGGGGUUUGCAUCAUUAGCCGCCCCACUUUAUCCACUUCUAAAAGGGGAUGCGGAAUUUUCCUGGGGGCCAGAACAGCAGCAGGCCUUUGAUGACAUCAAGAGGGCCCUAUUGUCAGCCCCAGCACUGGCACUCCCCGAUGUUGAGAAACCCUUCACCCUCUACAUAGAGGAGCGAGGAGGGACAGCCCGAGGAGUCCUAACCCAGACCCUAGGACCCUGGAGGAGGCCAGUGGCCUAUCUGUCCAAACGCUUGGACUCGGUAGCAGGAGGAUGGCCCCGCUGUCUUAAAGCUAUCGCUGCCGCUGCUCUGUUAGCCAAAGAUGCCGAUAAACUGACUCUAGGACAAAAAUUGACCAUCAUAGCCCCGCAUGCUUUGGAAAGCAUUAUCAGGCAGCCCCCAGACCGGUGGCUCUCAAAUGCACGCAUCACCCAUUAUCAGAGCAUUUUGUUGGAUAAGGAUCGAGUAACCUUCGGGCCCCCUUCUACCUUAAACCCUGCCACCCUGCUCCCGGACGAAGCUGCGGAUCCAGUCUUGCACUCCUGCCAAGACAUCCUGGCAGAGGAAGCAGGAAUCCGCCACGACCUGAAGGACCUUCCAUUACCCAACUCAGAAGUAACCUGGUUCACGGACGGUAGCAGCUUCCUGCGAGAGGAUACUUUCUCAGGAUGGGUAGAGGCCUACCCCACCCGGAAGGAAACAGCCCAAGUGGUGGUAAAGAAGAUUAUGGAAGAACUUUUUCCUCGGUUUGGACUGCCCCAGGAGACCUCAAGGUGCCCCACUCCUUCCACGUUGGAGAUUCAGUGUUCGUGA